CUAAAAUUUAAGACCCUUUUUAUUACUAUCAUAAUAUAUAUAAACUAUAAAAUGAAGUCUAGGUUAUGGGUACAUUGGACGUUAGUAAUAUUAUUUAUAUUUCAAAUAUCUUCGCUAGAGGGUCGAAAAUUUAAGACUAGAGUUAAUCGUAACGGAUCGACGAGAAAAUCAAGAUAUAAAGGUCCGAAGCUUACACGUAAAGAAUGGGAACAAUUGCACAAGUUUGAAGACGCCUUAAAAAGCGAGGAUGGAAAUUUAUUGUUUACCAACUCGUGGGGAGUUCAGUUAGAUCCAGCAGAACUUGAAGUAGCAGAUAGACUCGCAGAGAAACAUGGUUUUGAAAAUCUAGGUCAGGUUGGAUCUUUAAAGGGAUAUUAUCAUUUUAAACAUGUUGGUAAGCCUGGUGAGCGCCACAGAAGACAUGCACACGCACAUGAAAAGACAAAGCUGUUGAUGUUGGAAGACGAGGUCGUAUGGGCCGAGCAACAGCACGUGUUGGUGAGAUCUCGUAAACACGACGUUCCUCACGACCCCAAGUUCCACGAUCAAUGGUAUCUGGUAAGUCAAUCUGUUCAUCAUGGUACCAGGUGUGCAGGAGAGGUUGCUGCAGCUGCUAAUGACAUCUGUGGAGUGGGUGUGGCCUUUAAUGCAAAUAUCGGAGGAGUAAGGAUGCUAGACGGCCAGGCAACAGACAUACUAGAGGGCAGUUCCCUAAGCUUCCAAUCAGCUUACAUUGAUAUUUAUAGCAACUGCUGGGGACCAAAGGAUGAUGGGAAGACUUUUGGUAAACCUGGAAAACUGGCACAGGAAGCACUGAUGCAAGGCRCACUCAGAGACGAUGACUGUAACUGUGACGGCUAUACCACUAGUAUCUACACCAUAUCUAUAGGCUGCAUUGGUGAUCAUGGCUUGUCUGCUUACUAUACUGAACUGUGCUCAUCAACACUUGCUGUUACAUUCAAUGGUGGCUCACACAGAGAGCGAGAGGAGAACAAGAUGGUAACCACUGAUCUUCAUCAUAAGUGCACCGAGGAGUUCAAAGGGACAUCAUCUGCAGCACCCUUAGCUGCUGGCAUGUUUGCUCUGGUCUUGGAAGCAAAUCCUAACCUGUCAUGGCGUGACGUGCAACAUAUCGUGGUAGAAACAGCUCAAGUCACGAGCCCAGUCGAUGAAGGUUGGAUGAAAAACGGUGCUGGAUACCACUUCAACCACAAGUUUGGUUUUGGAAGAUUGGAUGCAGAUGCUAUGGUCAAGAAAGCAAAAAUCUGGAAAAACGUUCCUCUACAACGAAUUUGCCACGGACCAUCCAGCAGCACUCAACAGGAAAUCCCAACAGGUGGGACUCUGUCAAUCACAAUCGACACGAUCGCAUGCAGCGGAACCGAUAARAUGAUCUCCAAAAUCGAACACGUGACACUUACUGUUAGUUUCCAGCAUCGUCGUCGUGGUGACGUCAGCAUCGACCUGUUCUCUCCGAGUGGGACUAGAAACGAGAUGCUCUCGACCCGUCGCUAUGACGAAUCUAAGAAUGGUUUGCACGACUGGACGUUCAUGACCGUGCAUAACUGGGGCGAGAAUCCCAAGGGGGAGUGGGUGAUGAAUGURACGGACAACCUUCCSAUGUUGAAUAAAGGGGUUGAUCCUAAUGGUUAUGUYCAACAUGACACCAGCAAACAGGAAGCGGAUGUGGAAGACCUGGAGGARGAGGUCAUCGAUGACGAAAAAAAGGAUGACGAAAAAAAGACUCAGGAACUUGAGGCCCAGAAAAAUGGUGCAAAGAAGAAGAAACCAUUCGACGCACCCUACCCUGAAGGGGUGAAGAAGGACAAGGUGCCUACCGUGACAAAGAGGUGGUUUACUGACAGAAAUAGUAAUGGAACUGUUGAUCAAACGGAUCUUAUGAUGGCGUAUCAAGGAGCUUACUACGUGCCACAGUACCAACAAGAAAUGCUUGACCCCUCAUUAACAGACGCCAUGACACAAGGUUUAAUGGGAGGCAAUCCGUACGCUGCGUACUAUCCUUACGACUCCGUCGAUACUAUCGAAAGCAACGAACGAAAACAAGCAACCGAGAACGGUGUCGAUAGAAAUGUAAUUAACGGUAACAAUGACAAUAGCGAUGACAGUAAUCAAGUAUAUGGAUACGACCGCUAUUCGUAUAACGAGAACGAGCCGARCACUCUCAAGACUAGUUCGUUGUCGUUCGGAAAGAAAAAAGCUGACCCGAAAUUUGAACGACAGAAGGUCCAAAUUACUGCCGAGGAGACUGGUUCACAACGUGUACAAGUAAACAACGGAUUCCAGGAAGAAUUUGUCCCGGGACUUAACCCGGAAAGCGGACGAGUUAGUUCUGGAGUUUUACUAGAAUGGAGGUUGACAUUUUAUGGGACGGGACCUGAAGGUUCGGAAAAAUCAGAGGAUAGCGAAGACGGGGAUGAGGACGACGCUAGCGCUGUUCUCGACUUAUGAKCACCAGUUUUCCAAACAUAUCAUCACUCUCAAAAUACGACUCCAGUGUUUCACUCCUAGAGUACUACGGAGGUCCCAAACAACAUACCACGUCUUUUCUAUAUACAUCAAAUGACAAGCACAAACCUUAUGGGAUAUCAAAUGUGAUUCUACCCCACUGCGCAGGCGCCAGUUUAAAUUUGAAGUCCACUUGUGAUCUCACAGAAGUUAAAGCUAAAAACCUCUCGAAGUACUCGGUGUUUCCAUGACAACAUUAUGACGUCAUAUAUAACGUCAUAAUUYCUUUCACUAACGCCCAUAUAUAGUCUUUAAAAGUCUGGCAGCCAUCUUUCUGUCCCUUAAGCCCGCGGUCCUUUUGAUCUCCGCCACGAGAUGAUAGUUCCCGUCUUUCUUUUUGUUUCUUUCAUAAAACGAUAAAAAUGCUCAAAAYAAUAAAAACCGCUAAAAACAAUUUCCACUUCUGGUACAGAUAGACCAUGCAACAUUUCUUGGCGCAGACCAAGAGCAACGYAGGCUCGGCCAGCUCGUGGUGACGUGUUAUCGUGCUAAGGCCUGGUUACUUUCAAAGAUGGCUGCUGUCACUAAGAGAAUCAUAUUCAUGGAACAAAAAUUUCAAAAAAAAUAUGUUCCCUUCUAAAAAACAAUUUGCUUCUCAAAAUGCUGAAAAUGGACAGCAAACAAAGAGAGCAUGCGCAGCUCUUGAUAAAUUUUCAUUUAUUUUUGUAAAAAGAACCGACUAAUCGCGCACUUAUUUCGACAAGUGAUUUUGAUAUAAUGAAAUGAUGACAUGAUUAACGCUAAUAAAUGAUGAAAGUAUUUGAA